AAAUAUGACAUCUAUUAGAAAAUUGGUGAAUUAAACGAAAACUCAAAAUUCACAGUGAGGCAAAAAUAAAUUUGUAAACAAAUCAAAAUGUCAAAUUUGAAUUAUUUUCACUGGCAUCGAUCUGUUUGGGAAAACUUCAACAAAAGUGUUGAAACGCGGCCAAAAAAAAAUCGAAUCCCAUUUAAAAUGUCUGAAUAUGGAGCAAACCUUCAGUCGAACAUCAUGGAAUUGGUUAAAUAUGUUGAAAAUUUUAAAAACCAACGACAAAAAUUGGAUGAGUCAAUUCGUUGCGGAGAGUCGGAGCAAGCGAAGAUGGUCGAAGAACUUGAUUUGUUGCAAGAAAGAUUGAAUUUGAAAAUGGAAAAACUGAACGCAAUGAAGAGUCGACGAGACGAUCUGAAUCGAAAAUUAGACGAAACUGAAACGCAUUUAAAACAGUUAUUGGACACAAGUGAUGUUGUACUAAAUUAUAUUAAACGAGAAACUAGCUCGAUCAACAAAAAAAUUGAUCUCUCAUGAAAUGUAUGCAGUCACUGUUCCGUUCAGUUCAUCAUUUAUUCCAAUAGAUGAAUUCCAACAAUAAUAAGUGCCUUAUUUAUUUAUAACAAAGACAAAUUAAGCUUAAAUAAAAUACUUGUGUCAGUAAAUGUCAGUUAAAACUUAA